GACGCAAAGCAGGAGGGGGAGGGGCCUCGGCGAGCCCAGAAAAACGACAACGCGAGAAAAAUUAGUAUUUUUGCACUUCACAAAUUAAUGACCAUGAGCUCGUUUUUGAUAAACUCCAACUACAUCGAGCCCAAGUUCCCUCCCUUCGAGGAGUACGCGCAGCACAGCGGCCCUGGCGGCGGAGACGGCGGCCCAGGCGGGGGCCCCGGCUACCAGCAGCCCCCAGCUCCCGCAGCCCAGCACCUGCCUCCGCAGCAGCCCCAGCUUCCCCUUGCGGGUGGCAACCGCGAACCCCCCGCCUCCUACUACACCCCACGGGCGGCUCGAGAGCCCUCUUACCCGGCGGCCGCGCUUUACCCCGCUCACGGUGCCGCCGAAGCCGCCUACCCCUAUGGCUACCGCGGCGGCUCCAGCCCCGGGCGGCCACCGCUGCCCGAUCAGCCCCCGGCGCACGCCAAGGGUCCCGCGCAUGGCCUGCACGCGAGCCACGUCCCGCCGCCCGGGAGGCAGCCCCCGCCGCCGCCUCCCCCUCAGCAUCGCGCGGCACCCCCUGCGCCCCCGCUGCGCUGCGAGGCUGCCCCCUCCACCCCGGGAGUCCCGGCAGGGGGCAGCGCCCCCGCGUGCCCGCUGCUCCUGGCGGACAAGAGCUCGCCCGGCCUGAAGGGCAAGGAGCCGGUGGUGUAUCCCUGGAUGAAGAAGAUCCAUGUCAGCGCCGUCAACCCCAGUUAUAACGGAGGGGAGCCCAAGCGCUCUCGAACCGCCUACACCCGGCAGCAGGUUUUGGAGCUGGAGAAGGAGUUUCAUUUUAACCGCUACCUGACCCGGCGGCGCCGCAUCGAGAUCGCCCACACGCUCUGCUUGUCUGAGCGCCAGGUCAAGAUCUGGUUUCAGAACCGAAGGAUGAAGUGGAAGAAAGACCACAAACUGCCCAACACUAAGAUGCGAUCCUCCAACUCCGCCUCGACCUCUGCAGGCCCACCAGGGAAAGCACAAACUCAGAGCCCGCACGCUCAUCCCCACCCCCACCCCGGGGCCUCCACACCCAUUCCCUCCUCCAUAUAAUCUGAGCUCUAGAGCAGUUCUUUCCCUCACCUGUUUUUCUCCUCUCUUCUCCUGCCCCUUUCCUCACCUACGCCUCCUCUUGGACCAUAACAGACCCCAAAGCAAAACUUAAGUUGGUUUAAAGGAUAAUAAAAAGAAGGCAUUAUCCUGGUAAGAGUGUGUGCUGGUUGCCACCCAAGAGAGGACAUUGGCCAGGAUGCUGGCUGGUGGAACAAGCUGCUGAUCUGAACAAGACUUCCAGGUUUGGGUACCUGAGAAGGACUGCUUGGCAUCAAUAAUAUUUUUGAGAUGGCUAAAGUCCACAGGCAACCCGGGCUGACUGGGGACAUGUACAUAUAUAUUUGUGGCAAGCAGAAGAAAAACCCUUCCCCCACCUUUCUUACCACUCCCUUUCCCCCAUUAAGGCAGCUCAUACAAGCUUGUAUUGAACUGAAUAAAUGGGUAGACAUGGACCUCACAAGAUUAUUUAAUUCUCAAAAUGUAUAGACCUUGAUAGUAGAUGUGACACAUUAGUUUUCUUUUCUUGCAUUUACUUAAAAUAUUAUUGUAGAGAUACUGUCUUACUCUGAGGCACAAUCUCCGGGGAGAAGGGAGUGCAUUUAGUGCCAUGUGUGACUGUAAAAAUUGUGGUGUGGCUAUAUAGAAAGCCAUGUGCUAAGAAUAAAGUCUGUUUCAAAAAGCAUUAAAGUUCUAAGA